AGAAUUCAGGCCAUUGUGAUGAAGCCUGGCGAGUUUAUAAGCGGAGCUCCAACCGGUGAAUCUCAGCAUUCUAUCAGUUACUACAACGCUAGCAACAUGAAGCGGCAGAGUUCCACAACAAAGAGCCUGGUUCUGACGGUGACCUUGACAGUCCUGCUGUUGCUGCUGCCAGUGGCACCAAGCCAGGCCGCGCCCCACCACCAACACCCACAGCAACAGCUUCUCUACUAUAACCAUGUGGUACCCGCACCGCAAAGGCAGUCAACUAACGUGGUUGUCGUUCCAAGGAAUGGAGCUGGCAUUCAGCAGUUCGCAGCGGCUGGCGUCCCGCUACCAGUGGGCGGACAGUACCUACUGGUGCAGCCUGGUGCCAACCCGGUGCUCUAUGUAACACGCACUGAUAGUGAUAACAAGCCUGACGGCGGAGACGAAGGCGGAAGUGGCGGUUCAAUUCUUGAGUUCAUCAACAACCACUUGACGAAUUUCCCUAGCUUUCCAUCAAUCUCGAACUUUCCAUUUAUUCCGGGGACCGGCGUCUCAGCUGAGGUUAAUUCAACUGGUGAGGAACCAACCGAAAAACCCAGCACAGACAAAGGAGAAAAGCCCAUCAAAAUAGUGGACGGCCAGGCAUCCUCAUCUGCCGAGAGCUUGGGGCAACAAUCGGCCUCGCUGGAGAAAUUCGAUGAAGACGCUCCAAACCCCAACUCUCCCUCCCUCCCCCGUCCGUCCCUCGUACCUGUCCCUGGCCAGCGAUUUGUCGUCGUCGGCCAACCGCAGUUCUUUGGAAAUUUCGAUGCCCUCCGUAACCACGCUGUACAACAAGGGCUGGGCACCAACGGCGCAGUUUCCAGUUUCCUCCUCCUGAAGAACCAACAAGUCGUACCCCUAGCUUCUGCAGCCAACGGACAGUUUCAACAGGAGGCUGGAAGUUCAGUGGCUCAGGAUCCUGGUGCAAGUGCCCUCGAGUUCCAGAGGUACCUCAGCGUAACAAAGCAGCAACAGCCACAACAAGACGUCGCCAACGUGGGUUCCGCUCCUAUUGGAUACCAGAACGUUGUUUACGUCGCUAGGCAACCACCUCAACAGAUCCCUGUCGCCAGCUUGGCAGAAGAUCCAGCAUCUAUAACAAUAGAGGCUAUGAAAGCGAAGCCACAUGUGAGGAAGGAAAAUGAAGAAGGGGCUGACGCAGACACCGAAGACGUUGAGGCGAAUCCACCAGGCCCAUCAGUGGCCCAAGUGAAGCCUCAGGCGAUUGCUCUAGCAGGACCUGGCGGUGUGGCAGCGGCUGCACCAAUAGGCACGGCCUUGGUGGGACCCGGAGGGCUGGCUGUGGCGGCACCCUCUGCUACUGCCGUGGCAGGACCCUCAGGGGGAGCACCUCCACCGCCUGGAGCUCAUGCUUCAGCGGCUCUUAGUUCUCCCGCCGCAUACAAGGCAUAUCUGUUAGAACAACAAGCAAAGGGGUCCUACCCUGCCGGUUCCUAUCACGUGGCAUAUCAUGUCUGACCUCAGCAGGGUUAAGAGUAGGCCAUCGCUAAAGUAGGUUAGAGAUCACAUAGCAGUAUUCUCCAACCUCUUACAUACACAGCAGUUCGCGUAAUGUACGCCACGAUGUAAUGUCUUCCAGAAAACACAGAGUCAAGCACCAGAGCAGUGGAACCACCACAAGAGGUACCACUGUCAACCAUUUCUUUGAAUGUAACUUCGGAGGAUAUUACUUCACUUAAUUUCAAGCUUCCCUAACCAUCGCAAAAUUAAAAAUAAAAUUUCUUUCUGUUUAAGGCGCUGAAACCUCGAAAACGUACGUGACUUCUGUCAAUAAAGUGAAUGACUAAGAGCUAUACGAGGGGGAUUUAACGCCAGAUAAACGCAGGAAUGUCCAGGCUAGCUUCCUGUUAGUACAUGGAGAAUGGGGUUAAAAUCCAGAAUCUCUGGAAUAUGUAGGAUAAUAUUCUCUCUUUUAGUCCUGUGUGUACUAAUAUAUUUUGGUGAUCUCUCAACCAUACAGAUAUUGGAGACUUUUGCCUUUUCGCGAUGGACUUCGCUACAUUCAUGGAAGACUAUGAUUUAGACUUUAUUAGCUGUACUAAACUUUCGAAUGUGCAAUGUCUAGAGUCUCCAAUGGUGUUAAAAAAUUAGGGAAGAUUUUACAAAAUUACAUAUCUACUUAUUGCAUCUGUCUCUAAAGAACGAAAAGGAUAUAUUAAAAUUUGGUUCUGAUAGUCGCCUAUGAGCAAGUAAGUGUUUGCUAUUUAUAAUGAAAGUGAUCUUUUUUUUUGUAUUUUUUGUAUUUAUUGCAAAGGCUGGGAAAAAUGUCAAUCCAAACAACACAGAUAUUUCAAUUGUUAACACGUCUUCGUUAUUGGAACAAUAAAAUAUUUGUUAUUAUAUAUUA